CAUAUAUAUAUUUGUAUGUGGAUUGCUCUAUUUCUUUCGGUCUGCUCACACGUCACCUGGGUUGGGAGUCACAGGUGAGUAUCGCUCAGAGAACACACCCCGCUGUAACUCAAUCAUCCCGGAAAUUUGUGAGUUCGCCAUAAACAAACGACAGACAAGACGGACAUUCGAGGCUAUAGCCAGUUAGUUUGUUGGCUCACCUUGGAAGUUGCAGACUACUUUGAAGACGAGAUCUGAACACACCCUGAAAAUUGCAAAGAAGACUUGAACCGAAGUGGAAUUGAUAGAAGAAGCAAGAAAAACAGACUAUAAGGCCUAUACGACCUUUGAAGUUAUGGAUCCAAUGCACUCAGGAAUGCGCUACACUCCGAAGGCCACGGAGCAUGACUGGGACCCAUCGCUGCAGUUCCUGCCAGUUUCCGAUUCCAAAAAGCUUGAGAAGAAGAAAAGGCCUGGGAAGGUGGGAGCCGUGAUCGGACUGAUAGUCUUCUUUCUGAUCAUCUCUCUGAUGACUGGGCUGCUCGUCUGGCACUUCCACUUCCGCAAGGAUGUGCGAGUGAAGAAAAUGUUCACUGGAUCGAUGAAGAUCACAAAUCAGGUGUUUGAAGACGCCUAUGAGAACCCAAACAGCACAGAGUUUAAAUCGUUGGCCAGGCAGGUUGCAUCACAGCUAAAAGAAAUCUACUCCAAGACACCACAACUGUCUAAAUACUAUGUCGGGUCAACAAUACAGGCAUUUAGUGAGGGCAGUGUGAUUGCGUACUACACAUCUGAAUUCACCGUGCCUGCGGGCCAGGAGGCCGCAGUGGACAACACUAUGGCCUCCAUGAAUCAAAUAGUGGACAAGCAGCAAGAGCAGCAACGGCGACGACACUCGGACAGAGGCACCAGUGACCUCGUCUUUGAUGAUAUCCUGACCUCAGAAUUAGACACACGACUGUUUAAAUCAUCCGAGGCAUUCAGUUACUCCCAACACACUAAGGACAAUCACAUUGGGGUGUUGGAGUCCCCUGGCUUCCCAAACUACCCAUACCCACCCAACACACUGGUCCAGUGGCAGCUCCGGGCUGACCGGGGACAUGUGAUCAAGCUGGAUUUUGACACGUUCAAUUUGGAGGAGAAUUGUAAAAAGGACUUUGUGAAAAUAUACGACUCGCUGGUGGCCAUUGAAAGCCGCGUGAUUGAAGAGAUCUGUGGGUACUACUCGCCGAGGGAUCACCUGACCUUCACGUCCUCUGGGAAUGUCAUGCUUGUCACGUUUGUCACGGAUGAGGCCAAUAACUACCCAGGCUUCAGGGCCCACGUGUCCCAGGUUCCCGGAAAAACUAGAGCAUCGUCAUGUGGUGGCACGCUUUCAGGAUCAUCUGGUACCUUUACAUCACCAAACUACCCAAACUUCUACCCCCCUCGCAGCUUCUGUGAGUGGAGUAUCCAGGUGCCAUCUGACAAGCACAUAAAGGUGACAUUUGAUAAGUUUCUCAUUUCUGAACCGGGCCAAAAUAACAAUAUGUGCUUAAAGGACUACGUGGAGAUAAAUGGAAAGAAGCUGUGUGGUGAUUUCCAUAAUGUAAUUGAAACUGCCCAGACCAAUUUCCUGAAAGUGAAAUUCUCCUCUGAUGCAUCUUAUGUGGACCGUGGUUUUACCGCAAAGUAUGAGGCCUUUGAACCUAAGGACCCUUGCCCAAACAAGUUCAUGUGUACCAACGGUAACUGCAUCAGCAGUCUACUAAAGUGCGAUGGGUGGAAUGACUGUGGAGACAACAGUGAUGAGCACAAGUGUCAAUGUGAGAAGUCUCAGAUCAGCUGUAAGAAUGGACUGUGUAAACCCAAGUUCUGGUUGUGUGACGGCGUCAAUGACUGUGGGGACAACACGGACGAGCUGAACUGCGGUCUCUGUGCUAACGGACAGUUUACGUGCUCCAAUAGCAAGUGUGUGUCUGAGAAGCAAAAGUGUGAUGGUUCAGAUGACUGCGGUGAUGGUUCAGAUGAAGCCAACUGUGAGAGAUCAAAUUCAGUGAAAUGCACUUCUUACACCUACCAGUGUAAGAAUAAGAACUGUGUGAACAAAAUGAACCCAGAAUGUGAUGGCGUUGAUGACUGCAGUGAUGGCUCAGAUGAGGAGAACUGCAACUGUGGAGAGCAGCCCUUCAAGACCUCGCGAAUUGUGGGUGGACAGGAUGCUUCUCCCGGGGAGUUCCCCUGGCAGGUCGGCCUCCACAUCAAGGGUUCCUCUCACGUGUGUGGAGCCUCAAUCAUCAGUGACCGCUGGAUCGUCACCGCAGCUCACUGUGUGCAGGACGAUGCCAAGACCAGAUACUCCCAGCCUGGGACCUGGGAAGUCUACUUGGGCCUUCACGAUCAGCGUCAAAAGAGCAAGGCUGUGAAACGGGACCUGAAGCAGGUCAUCUCUCAUCCCUCCUAUAAUGCCUAUACCUUUGACUUUGACAUUGCACUGAUGGAGCUGGACUCGCCCGUCACCCUCAGCGACUACAUCCGGCCCAUCUGCCUCCCUUCUCCCUCGUACAUGUUCCCAGCUGGCCAUUCUGUGUGGAUCACAGGUUGGGGGGCCACUAGGGAAGGAGGUUAUGGUCCAAAUGUGCUUCAGAAGGCAGAGGUCCGCAUCAUUAACAGUACAGUGUGUAAUGAUUUGAUGGGUGGCCAGCUGACAUCUCGUAUGCUGUGUGCUGGUGUGCUGGCAGGCGGAGUGGACGCUUGUCAGGGGGAUUCUGGGGGCCCGCUGUCCAGCCUGUCAACCGGUCGCAUGUUUCUAGCUGGAGUGGUGAGCUGGGGUGAUGGCUGUGCCCGCAGAAACAAGCCCGGUAUCUACACAGCGGUCACCAAGUUCCGUGGCUGGAUCAAAGAGAAGACUGGAGUCUAGUGCAGAAGAAGGGAGAGGUGAGCAGGAAGACCAAUGGCCAAAGAUGGAAGUAACUGGGGGCCAUCCACCUCAAGAGACUCAACAUCGGGCCUGUUUUUAAAAUCAAUGAAAUUGAAAUGUUUUGCUUUGAGUCCUUGUUUUAUCCGAAUGUACAUUGUCAACACUUCCAUUUAGCCUAACACUACUUCAAACCAGAUUUAAGCACAAAGGAACAGUGGUCAUUUAUCACUUAUUUUAAAUGAUGUCCAUACAAAGCUAAUGUGAUAUGCAGGCACAUUUGUAAAUAUUAAUGGAGAGAGACCGAGGUUGUUUUACAAUAAUUUUUAAGUUGUAAAUACAUUUUUUUUUUUUUUUUAAGUUUUUAUGUGUUUCAUGAAGUAUGUCUUAGUGCCUUGGAGAAUAUUCUGUAAAGUAUGUUAAUUGGUUUGUUGCUGUUGCUUGUAGGUAAGAUUAUGGAGGGAAAUUGUUACAUCUCUAUCAUUUGAAGGUAUCCCUUUUAAAAUGGAAAGCACCUGGUGUGUUGUGUUGUGUUGUGUUGUGUUGUGUUUCAAAACUUUUACAGCAGGGAUUUUUUUUUUUGCUAAUGUGUUUAACAGUUUUGACUGUGAAUUAUUUUUUCAGACAUAUCACCUGAUUAAAACUUUUAUUAGGUAGCCUAACACACUGUAACUUAAUUUCAUGUAUGAUGGUAGACUUAACAUGAUCAAAAACCUCAUUUCACUUCUUGUACAUUUUUUAUUUUUCUUUCAAGCAUGUGAAUCCAUUUUUUUCUAUCUCUAAAAAUCUUAUUCCCAUGAAUGGUGCUUUCUAACUCUCGUUCAUUGUCCUAAACGCUUCUAGUUCCUUUGUAACCAAAUAAAAUCAACUAAGGGUGUGAAUGAA